CUGGUUACUAUCCUUCACACUCGCAUCAUAGUAGAGCAAAUGCAGUGUCAGUUUUCUAUGUGGGUUAUUGAUGCCAUACUCACCGACUUAUAUCUGUAACUGCUGUUGCACAUUUUAACAGUAAACUCAAACACGAUGCCAAGAAUACCGAAAUAUUUCAUAUAAAUGAACUAGUUAACUAGCGGCGGAGUUGACCAAAAAAAAAGAAACCCUCACAAUUACAGCUUCACAUUUAGGUACUCUGCCAUAGUAACUAUGGCAUCCGAGAAUCUGAGGAGCACUUGAAGAAAGCAUUAAGCCAAUCCUGAAGUACGUCACUGGGUCAGGGGUCACAAUAUGGCGCUGCUCUUGUAGAGGGUUAUGUCUUUCAGAUUUUGUUUGUAGGCUCAUAUACUUUGUGAUAAAAAAAAAAAAAACAUUUUUGUGACGAUUUUCACCUUUGUAAAGACACUAUGUAAAUUCGUUAUCGAUUUAAUCGCAAUACAAUUGUGAAUCAUUAUUAUUAAUCAAACAUAGCAUGCAGUUAGUCAGCUCACUUUGGUUAAUGCUGUAGCAUAGCGUCUACUGCAGAAUUAGAGACGUCAUGGCUAACAUAUUUUCCGAUUGGUGAUAUGCUUUUGAGUAUGAAUUAUCAGCCAAUCGCAGUGUAGGAGGCGGGACCUUCGCGUGUUACCAGUCAUGUCAGGGAGAAACGUUUGGACCAGUAGCCGGGAACGGAUGAGGAGAUUCCCUGAGCUGUUAGCCCGGUGCUCAGUAGAGGCAGCUGCUUAUGGUAAAUGUGUGGUAUCCACUACAUCAGGCAAACAGGAGCUGAAGAAAGAUUUGUGCCUCAAAGAGUUUGAAGCUCUGAAGACCUGCUUCAUAAACGCUGCAAAUCAGGGGUUGAAGUAGAGGAAGAAUUCAAGCCUGGACAUACUACUUUGUUGGAUAAAUACUUGCUGUUGAUCCGUUCAUUCACUCAUCUUCACUAAGUGCUUUAUCCUGGUCAAGGUGGAUUUUAAGCCUUUAUUUGAUGCACACACAUUCAAAUGGGGUGCAGUUUAGCAAAGCCAGUGCACCAGAGCAUGUUUUUGGACAGCGGAAGGAAACCAGAGGAAAUCCAUAUGGACACAGGGAGAACAUAUGAAACUCCACACAGAGAAUAACCUGCACUUCAGAUCAAACUGCUUCCCUGCUGUUAAUGAGGUGUUUUUUUUUUUUUUUUAAAUUAUUAUUAUAUUUGUAACCAUCAUCAUCUGAGACGUGUUAUUUAAAUUUCUGAAUAGUGUAUGGACAUGCAUCUCAAAAUCUAAUGUUCUUAUUGUAUUGAUGCAUAAAAAUAAAUGAUCUAUAUGGCUUA